GCCACUGGGUAUAUUGGGGUUUAGGGUUUAAGCACGGGAAAGCCCCACCGCAACUCUCCUCGCCGCACUUUGUUAUUUAUCCAUGGCGACUCACCUCGAAGAAGAAGAAAAUUUGAACGACUUAAAAAUGAAACAGAAGCUACACGACACUGAGGACGAUGACGGCGAAGAAGAAGAGGAAGAAGACCAGAAUUGGGACGACUGGAAAACUGACGGUGAAGAAGAAGAAGAGCUAGAAGGCUCAAAGGAACAGUUUUUCUGUCUGUUUUGUGACUCCGUGUACAGUUCGUGCAGUCCUCUCUUUGAGCAUUGCGCUUCAGCCCACCACUUUGAUUUCAACGCUAUGAAGAAAACCCAUAAUUUGGAUUUCUAUAAAUGCUUAAAGCUCAUCAACUACGUCAGGUCUCAGGUGGCAGAGAAUAGAUGUUGGAGUUGUGGGAUGAUCUGUCAGUCCAAGAGAGAUCUACAGAACCACUUACAUGAGGUGGUCAAUUUUGAGAGUAUCAUGCUCCAAUUUGAUGACAAUAGGUAUCUCAAACCUAUUUUGCCAGAUGAUGCACUCUUGUAUAGUUUUGCCGAAGAUGAAGAAGAUGAGAAUGGAGAUGACAUGUCAAUUGACCCAAAAGAAUUGGUAAAUUUGAAUCAGUUUGAACAGAUCAGUAUUGACUAUGAGAGUUGUUCAGAUAGAUAUCCAUGUCAACUUACGACUCCUUGUGAAAAUGGGGGGAAAGAGGUUGCGUCCGCUUCUGACAGAGGUAUAAAGGCUGGUGCGGAAUAUGCUGUCUCGUUCUUCAGAAAUGAAGAAGAUGAGCAGUUUAAUGAAUCUUCUGAAAAAAUUGUAGCAAAUCAAAUCAGAAACAUAAAUAAGAAUUAUUUUGGCGCGUACAGUUCUUUUGGAAUCCACAGAGAAAUGAUCAGUGACAAGGUGAGAACUGAUGCUUACCAGCAAGCUAUUCUGGAGAAUCCUUCUUUGCUAAGAGGUGCAAUUGUUAUGGAUGUAGGUUGUGGGACUGGCAUCCUAAGUCUUUUUGCAGCACAAGGGGGAGCAUCGAGAGUUAUUGCAGUUGAAGCCAGCGAGAAGAUGGCUGCAGUGGCAACCCAGAUUGCAAAAGAUAACGGCUUUCUGCGGAGUGGAUUUCCCAGAAGUAGCGGGCAACGUGAUGGAGUAAUUGAAGUGGUUCAAGGCAUGGUUGAGGAUCUUGACAAUGCAACACACAUCCAACCUCACAGUGUUGAUGUGUUACUGAGUGAGUGGAUGGGCUACUGCCUUCUCUAUGAGUCAAUGCUCAGUACUGUGUUGCUUGCUCGAGAUCGAUGGUUGAAGCCUGGAGGUGCAAUUCUCCCUGACACGGCUACUAUGUUUGUUGCAGGUUUUGGAAAAGGAGGUACUAGUAUACCAUUUUGGGAAAAUGUUUAUGGUUUCAAUAUGUCGUGUAUUGGAUUGGAAGAGGUUGAGAAUGCUGCUCGGAAUCCUAUUGUUGACGUCAUUGACAGUUGUGAUAUCGUCACUCCUACCCAAGUUCUUCAGACCUUCGACCUGGUGACGAUGCGAUCUGAUCAGAUGGACUUUACAGCAAUAGUUGAACUAGAACCAAAGUUGAUCACUCCCAUGGACAACUUCACGGGGUCUAAACCAGAAAUCACUUGGUGUCAUGGAUUAGUCUUGUGGUUCGAGACUGGAUUUACUGAAAGGUUUUGUAGUGAGCUGCCAACCAAUUUAUCCACAUCGCCUUACAAUCCUAAAACUCACUGGUCCCAAACUAUCCUGACAUUUCGAGAACCAAUUGCAAUGGCAUCUGCGAAGGUUACUAGUGAAAAACUAGCCGCAGUUGGUACGAACGCUUGCCCUGCUGUGAGCGUGCAAUCUCGCAUCAGUGUUGCCCGAGCUGCUCAGCAUCGCAGCAUUGAUAUUUCAGUGGAGCUCACGGGGAUAGGACCUGAUGGUCGAAAACGUAAUUGGCCGGUACAAUUGUUCGCUCUCAAUUAAUGGUAGUGGUCUGAAAUAAGUGUUGUCUGGUUUGUAUUCAUCCUCAACUCUAAAGGAGUUGACAUUUUGAGGAUAUGUAAUAUUUUUGGUGGAUUGUCAUUGCUUUUUGUGCUCUGAGUUCGGACGCAAGUAUAAUUUUUUAUUACUUAGCAUUUGCGUUUGAUUGUUAUUACUUUUCAUGGAAAA